UAUCGAAAUUCAACAUGGAACAACAAAAUCAUAGUGUUUGUCAUGGGUUCUUGAAAUGACCAAAUAUGUGAAUAUAAAAAAAACUUUGCAAAUGAUACCAUAAACCAACAAAUUCAUUGAUUGACUGUGUUGAUAUAAUCGUAUUUGCAACAAAUUGCUCACAAAGUUUUGUAGCAUUCAAGUUCAAUAGACAAUUUCGAAAAGAAUUAACUGUUAUUAUUGUGAAUAAUCGUUCGAUUAAACAUUUGCAUUAUUGCGAAUAAUUUUUACGCAUACUAUGCUCGUAUGAAUGAAUGUACCAAUUGAUAAACUUUAUUUACAUUUCGCAUGAAUAUUUUAGUACGUGCAGAAUAGAUAUCUGCUGAUCUCCGAAUAUGAAAAAUAGUGAUAUAUCACUUACAUAAACAAUCGAAACAAAAUUUGGUAUAAACAAGCACACAAAUAGUUGUUAAUUUAACAAAAAAAAAAAAAAAAACAAAGAAAUGGCAGAAGUAGUUAUAGAAUGUCCCACGCCGGACGAACCACAAAAAAAUUCACGAAUCCGUGAGUUUCUUAAGAAGCAACAUGAAUAUCGAUCGCCCAGUGGAUCGGCAGUCGAUUCAGGAAAUAGCAGUGAUGAUCAACAACGUCAACUGGCAAACCGUUCACCACCACCAAAUUGUUCAAUUUGUUUAGGCCGCAUUAAGAGUAAAUGUUUCACCGACAAUUGUAUGCAUCAAUUUUGCUUUAGCUGUUUACUCGAAUGGAGCAAGGUGAAACCCGAAUGUCCAUUGUGUAAGCAAACAUUCAAGUCAAUCAUACACAAUGUUACAUCUGAACACAAUUUUGAGGAGUACAAGGUAGAGGCACAACAGCGUCAUGUCAAUUGGAUUAAUCUUCCAUUUCAAACGGCCGAGGUUGAUAUGAAUUUAUUAUUUUCAGCCAGUUUACCAACCACAUAUCAAAUGCAUCGUCCUGAGCAUUUGCUUCGCGGUGCAGAUGAUAGCCGGCGUCGUUUAUUCCAAUUAUUCCGACAUGAUGAUUCGCCAUUGAUUCAACGUUUUGCCCAAACCUAUCCGGAUGAAGUAUAUCCAGCACGAUUUAGCGGUAUUCAAUGGCGACAAUAUAUAUACACUCGACGAUUAUACGCUGAACCAUUGACUGAAUUGAAUGGUGCAACUCGAGAUAUCUCAGCUGAAUUUUAUAGAUCGAAUCAGGCUCAAAUGCACCGAUUAAUGCCGUGGCUUCAUCGUGAACUCACGUGCUUCAAUCCCGAUCAACCUCAACCAGUUAGUUACUUAGUGCAAAGAAUUGAACAUUUGAUUCAAACGUACGACAUGACCUCAUUUGAGUUCCUGAGCCGUAUUCGAAUUUUGGUGCCGACCCACACCGAACACUUUAUUCAUGAACUAACUAAUUUUGCACGGUCACCAUAUGAUUUAAUUGGUUACGAUCGAUUUGUUACAUAUUUACCACGUUUUGAGUCUGAUAAUAAUGAUGUGGUCACAUUGUCAAGUUCGGAGGAAGGUAGCGAUGUGGAGUUUGUUGGUCCAGUUGUUGAAGUUGAAGCAUCCAAUAAUAAUAAUAAUAAUGUCACAAAUGUUGCACCAAUUGAAAUUGUCAACGACAAUAACAACGAACAAGACGAUAGUAGAAGCAAUAGAAAUGACUUUGUUGAACAGCCUGGUGCUAGUACAAGUGGUACAAGUAGUGCAACGACCGCACAUCAAACACAACAAACUCAGUCAAUUGAAAAUUUAUCUGGUGACGAUUCGGAGGAAGAAGAAAUUAAAAAUUAUUUACGAGAUAAACCAAAUGUUCCGGCCGAUGAGGUGAUCAGGGGUAGAACAGGCCCAUCACCAAAUAAUGCCAACGGUACGCCUUCAAAUAUUACUAACAAUGAAAAAAGUGAUGUCGAUAGUGAACGGACUAUUAUUAUAGCACCAAAUAAUGUACAUUCGAAUGAAGCGUCAACCAGCCAAGCAAACAAUACAACAACGGUUGAUGUUCCAGAAAUUACACCAAAAGUCGAACCAAACACACAAACCAAAUCAACACAAGAAGUCAUCGAUGCGGACAAUGGUAGCGAUAGUGAUGAAUGUUUAUUUGUAUGCGCCAAAAAACCACCACACCUACGAACACCCGAAUAUGUUGAAUUGAAUUCAGAUUCCGAUAGUGAUGUUGUAUUUGUUUCAAGCGAAACGUGUCAAACGCCAAUGUUGGAUCUAGGUAACAGUCGUUUGGAAGCAAAAUCUUUUAUAAACGCAAUAUCGGCACACAUAGGAAAACGAAGUCUAAAUGCAACCGACACCAAUUCAACAACAUAUGCCAGCCAAAAUGCGGCUGCAAAUUUAUAUGAAGCAAAACCAUCGACAUCCGAAACAAUGUUACAAUGGCUCAUUCAAGCACCAGAUGAACACUCCCGCCGCAUAUCACCAAGAUCAUCUACGAAGCAACACAAUUCACCAGUGCGACCACGUCUCACCACGACCAUUAAAAUAUCACGUGGAAAUCGCAUCUACGAAUCAACCUCAUCAGAUGAUACUGACAGAGAUGGAUCCACAGAUCCAGAUUCUUCAUCAUCGUCUUCGUCGAAAUCUCAGGAUAGUUCAAAUGUUGAAUCAUCUAGCCAUGAAGAGUAUGUUUGUUCGUCACGAAUUCGAACAAAACGUCCGGCAAACAAUGAUGGUCCUUCCUUAACACCAAGAAAAAAAUACCGAAAACGACGUAGCGGUAAGCGAAUAUACUCAUCAUCGGACGACAGUGAUGGUGAUGAUUAAUUGAUGUAAAUUAUUUAGUAAAAAAAAAUAAGAAGAAAGGGAACCGUUUACUGAACCGCUGUAAGAUUAAAAACAAUAAGAUUAAACAAAAUCAAAGAACAAUACAUUGGAUAUUUUAUAGCAACAGUAAAUUUGCCAUUUGAAUAAAUCCAAUUCAAUGAAUUAAAUAAGCUAUGAACCGAAAAAGAACACAUGUGCGUGACCUCCAAAAAUUGGUAUCCAUUCCAAAACAUACAUGUAUAUUAUGUUAAAAUAAUAGAAAACAUUUUUCGAAUUUUCUCCAAUGUCAAACUAAUUGAAUGACUACAAUGUGUAAUACUGUAUUAAUUUAUAACAAAAAAAAUAAAAUAAAAUUCAAUAUACAAGUUCAAAUGAGACAAUGAUUUUUUUCACAUUUUUGUUGAUCGUGGAUUGUGGUCAUGACUUUUGUCUGAACAAAGUACUUUGGCACAAUCAACGGCUACAUCAAUCGUGAAUGAAACAUCACUCAACCGAAUUGUACUCAAUAUUCGCGCACACAUCCAUACAGCAGUAUUGAAUUGAUAAAAUUCAGCAACAAAUCACACAUAAAUUUAGUAUAAGAUUUUAAAAUCCAUGUUAUUCUUGGAUAAACACUCAUGUACACUUGAAUGUUUCCAAACAAAUUCAAAACCGUUAAAUUAUAUGAAUCAUAGCUCAUUACUAUACUAUAGACCAAUUUUAAUUAUAGAUUUAUAUAUUCAUGAGCGAUUUAGGCUCAAGUGUUCAUGCUAUUCAAACGAAUUACCAUUGUAGUACAUUGACGCCAGCGAGGAGAACACAUACCUUCAUUAUAUUUUUUCUUUCUGAAAAAAAAAAAAUCAAUAAUGCAAAAAUUAUACCUAAAUCCUUUUUUCUCAAUCGAGUUAUUUUUCAGUUUUUGCCCUUUAAGCGAAAAUCUCAAAUUGUUGUUCAGUUACUUUCAUACGAUUUUUUUUUGAAUAAAUCCAUUUUAAUGUU